AUGCCCAAAGACCGUUUCACCAUGAGUCCGUAUCAUCAAUUGCCGCUGACAUUAAAAGACCAGCGAAUGUUGCUCGAGAUUGAAAAUGAUCUUGUUGAAGACACAUUUCGCAAAUAUGAAGAAUACGUCUUGAGCAAUUCGCAGGUCAAUCCAGCUCGGUGGAAAUUUAUCAAAUCAAAAGACGAUCUGAAUAUCUAUGCUAAGCGCGCAAAAGCUUCACAUUGUUGUAAACCAGAUAAACGAGAUGGACCAGUUAAGCCCAUUGUACUCAGCGUGGGUUCCUUUAAAGGCCAAUUGGACGAUCUGAUGUUUGGUACUGUGAAUCCCACGGAUGCUAUCAUGCAACUCAAAGCGUCGUACGUACAUGACUAUAGCGAUGGUGCUGUCUUGGCUACACUGAUAAAACCUACAGCGUCCGACCCAUUUCGAUCCGUGACUGUAAAAUGGCUUCAAAUCGACUUGCCUUUAAGUCGCACAAAGCUGAUUAAAGAUCGCGAUUUCUUAUGUUUGGAAGGAUCCGGCGUUCUGCAUUUUGCGAAUGGCGAACGAGUUGGGUACCUCAUGUUGCAUUCCAUUGAGUCACCACUGGUACAACCGCUGCCAACUGUCAUUCGUGCCAAGCACAACAUCACAGGGUUUUUUCGCCAAAUUGCCCCAAAUGUUAUUGACACUUUUGCAUUCGAUUCCGUGGAUCCUGGUGGUUGCAUCCCCGAGGCCGUGCUAUUGCCAAUCUGUGCCAACGCGCUUUUGUCAGCAACAAAUUAUGUCAAGUGUGGCCUUAUGAAAAAACUCACGUGGAUGCUUCGACAGCGUCAAGAGGCAUUGUUUGAGGCAAAUAUUGCACCUGUACCACGAAAUGAAGAUGUUUGUGUGACAUGCAACUGCAAUUUGCAGUCUGGUUGUUUGAAUAGCUUUGGUCGGGGCAUGUGUAGAAUGUGUUUAGGAGGAUUGUGUUUUAGCUGUAAAGUAGUCAAGACCCUAAAUUUCUUAUCGCCAGAGCGAGAGAUAGUACGAGACAAGAUCACAUUUUGUGAAGCUUGUGUUACCAUGGCGUUUCGAAUGAGCUCCAUGGAUGCAGCACGCGAUCAGGCAAACGGCUAUCAACCCUAUUAUACCGCAUAG